UUAUCACAGAGGCAGCCGUUUAAAAUUCAGCCACGGAGUUUUACGGUAGAAAGAAACAAGUGCGCGUUUGACCAGCCAUGGGUCGUUAAAAAAGGCGUUUAUUUGCAGGAAGUGUUCUUUAAAGCUUGUUAAUGAAAUAUUGCAGUUCUUCCAUGAUGGGAGAGGACGGGGUGUUACAAAAGCUGGGUAAUAUGAAGGCUUUAUUGGGCAUCGUAGCAGGAGCUGGAGCUUCAUAUGGACUGUACAAAAUGUUACUGCGCGCCUGCAGAGAAGAUCCAGAGAGGAAGAAAAUAAAAGCGACAGAAAGUGGGAAUAUACAGCCAGGAAGCCUGAUGGCCAAAGUGUCUGGAUUUAAUGUCGUUAGUGGGAAUCUGAGCACAAAAGUCGCAUCAGGUGAAAUUCUCUCCAAAUCCCCCAGCAGUCUGGAGCCUCGACACCUCAGCAUGCUUCUCUCUCUCCUACAGAGCAGCCCGAACCCAACCGAGAGAAAACAAGUCCUUAUAAGCUUAGGAAACGCUGCAGCUUUUACAGUGAACCAGGAUCUCCUUCGUGAAUUUGGAGGUCUUCACAUCAUCGCCAGCUUCCUUUCUGACCCUGAACCUGAUGUCCGAGUGCAGACCCUGAAUGCCUUGAAUAACCUGAGCAUGAACAUCCGCAAUCAAGAGCAGCUCAAGAUCUAUGUUCCGUCAGUGUUGGAGCUGAUUGAGAUGUCCCCUGUGAACUCGGAUCUUCAGCUGGCAGCACUGAGGCUGCUGACAAAUUUGACUGUCACAGAUGAUCAUCAGCAUUUACUGAAGGGCUCCAUCACACUCCUCUUGUCACUGCUUGUAGUGAGCAAUGGCGUACUUCAGAUCCAGGUUUUGAAGGUUCUAGUCAAUUUAUCAUCUAAUCCAGACAUAAUGGACGACAUAGUACAAGCCCAGGCUCCUGCCUCCCUGGUUCUCCUCUUCGAUUGCUGCACAAGCACAGAAGUGCUUCUUCGCCUUCUGGUCUUCAUAGGGAACCUGCGGGCCUGGAGACCGUCUGCACAGGUGGCUGAAGCUCUGAGGAGACGACUGGACUCCCUGUACUGUGUGCUGCUAGACAGCUGCUCUCAGAUACACAGCAGACUCCCUCUACUCCUCUCUCACCCCGACGGAGAAGUCAGAGCUCAGGUGGUGCGGCUCCUCUCAUAAACUCUCUCCUGGACUCUCCCUUGAGCUCCAUCAGACACACUGUGUUUAAGGUCCAGACUCACCUGGCCGGUGCACUUAGAAAUACAGCUCCGUGUGUUCAGUGGGAUUGCUUCUCAUGAUUCAGUCUUUGAUGGAUGCAAAUAUUUGUUGAAGUAGUGAACAACCAAUAAUGCGCCAGUAUGAAAUUAAAGGAAUUCUGCGUGUUUUCAACCAGAAUCUAUCUACUGCAUAAGGGUUUCUCAAGGUUUACUUGGAUUGUUAUCAGUUCUAGCUUUUUAAAGUUAGAGUUCUAAAUUUCCCUGAACCCUUUGCUGUAGAGGUCUACAGAAGGUUAUGGGUUCUCCCACUGCAACAAACCAAAGAACCCUUGGAACCUUUUUCUGACUUUUGGCCCAUUUCCUUAUUGAGAGAAGAACACAAGACCUGUUUACUCGAAACUUAUUACUAAAGCCGAAGAACGGCUGCUGAAUACUGACAAUAAAGAUUUAAAAUAUAUGGGUAUAUAAUGCAAAAUUAAAGCUACAACUGUUAUAUUAAUAGGAAUAGGUCUUAGGAUGAGAGAGACAUUAAAGAAAGCUGUUAUAAUGUUUUGUGUAACCACAAAUUCUUCUCUCUAAAAAGUAGUUCUGUGGGAAUGAAUUGUAUGGGUUUCAAAUUUUAUUUACAAAUAUCAUCGAAUGAAAAAUGAACAAGUUCAAGCAUUUUACAAAAAUACAUACUCAGCAUAAACAUUUAUCCACUGCCCCAAAUACUGAUUAUAUUGGUAGUAUUAUACUGGCAGCAUUCCUUUAAAAUACAUGUAGUGUUGGUUAGCAGAAAAAUUAAUCUACAUCUGAAAGUGAAGCAACUCCUUUUUAUCAAUCUUCACUCCUUUGUGCCUACGUCGCAGCAGGGGAAAUGGACAAGUUCAAAGAAAAGCAAUGAAAGUAAAGAAGAUGCAGAAUCUAUAUUUAUAUAAAUACAGGUGAUAAAUUAAAGGGAAAAACCACUGCCUCUGUUACGCUGUAGAGAGCGUUUAUUUAUCCCCUUAGAGUGGAGUGUCACUGCAGAUCAGUACAACGUUCUACUGAUUGUUCAUGUGAUGAAACAUUUCUAUCCUGAUGGGGAGUGGUCUCUUCCAGGAUGACUCCGCCCCCACCUGAAUGCUCACUGGCUGGUUUAAUAAGGAUGGAAAUGAUAUAAAUCAUAAGCUAUGGUCUUCAGAGUCACCAGAACUUAACACAGUUGAACACCUCUGGGAGAUUUUGGACCAAUUUGGACACUAACUGAGGGAUUCUGUUUUGGAGGAAUGGUGUUCGUCCAUUCAAUACACUUCCAGAGACUUUGGAGUCUAUGCCAAGGUGCAUUAAAGCAGUUGUAGUGACUCAUGUUUUUUCCUUUAAUUUGUCACCCGUGUAAAUAUAAUGUUACUUCCUCAGGCUACUUGGAGUGGAUAGUGUGUGCUCAGUGAAUGCCUCCUGAGAGGUGCCCCUCCUUUGCCACAUAUCAAGUUGCCAAUGCCAAAAACCUUUUCUAACCAAUGAAUGAGUGUUUCACUCUAGCUGGUCUCCUACACACGAAGUGCUUCCUGUACUUUUCCUUUUAUUAGCUAAUAUUGGUAAAGUAUGGUAAGAUAUGCUUGAAAUGUCUUUGUGAUGGACAACAGAUGCACUUUGGCUGUUUGAUUUCUCCAGUGCUGUGUAUUUUUCUGCAUGUGUUUGCAGUGCAAGUGAUUGCCCGCUUAUGUAUUAUCUAACUCUGCAUUAAGCCAGGUGUGUAAUUAAAGGGCUGGUUUGGGUCAUAUAUAAACUGUAACUGGAAAAGCCAGUAAUGUGAAUAUGUCUAUGAAUUGUAUCGUAGUUGUGUGAAUUUUAUUGGAUUGGUUGUCCUGUGAUCUGCUGCAGCUGUAGGGAAAAUGCAUUUUUCAGAGUAGCAUAACAUGACUGCCACUGCUGUUAAUGAUUAAUAAAUUGAGGCCCGUUUAUUGUUUGUAUGAAAAACUUUGAAAUAAAUUAUUUUAUUUUGGAUAACUAUCA